CAGAAGUGCUCUUUGCAGUUCAAGUCAGCUGACUUUCUGUGGCAAAUUGGUACUUCGCAGGAAAUUUUCCAUUAAAAAAAUGUCAGGAAAGGAUCGUCUUGCAAUCUUCCCCUCCCGAGGGGCCCAGAUGUUGAUGAAGGGCCGUCUGGCGGGUGCCCAGAAGGGUCAUGGUCUGCUGAAAAAGAAGGCAGACGCUCUGCAGAUGCGCUUCCGUCAGAUCCUGGGCAAGAUCAUUGAAACGAAGACACUGAUGGGAGAGGUGAUGAAGGAGGCAGCCUUCUCUCUGGCCGAGGCCAAGUUCGCCACCGGAGACUUCAAUCAAGUGGUCCUGCAGAAUGUUACAAAGGCUCAGAUUAAGAUUCGCACGAAGAAGGACAAUGUUGCUGGUGUGACUUUGCCCGUGUUUGAGUCCUACCAGGAUGGCGCUGAUACGUACGAGUUGGCUGGUCUUUCUCGUGGUGGUCAUCAGAUCAGUAAACUUAAGAAAAACUACCAGAGUGCUGUGAAGCUGCUGGUGGAAUUGGCGUCUCUGCAGACAGCCUUCGUGACUCUCGAUGAAGUCAUUAAGAUCACCAACAGGCGUGUGAACGCAAUUGAGCAUGUGAUCAUUCCACGAAUUGAACGUACUCUGGCUUAUAUCAUUUCGGAGUUGGAUGAGUUGGAACGUGAGGAAUUCUAUCGGCUGAAGAAGAUUCAGGACAAGAAGAAGAUAGCCAAGGCCAAAGCAGAAGCUGCCAAGGCUGCACUGUUAGCUCAGGGCAUUGAUGUGCGCGAUGUAUCCAAUCUCCUGGAUGAAGGGGAUGAUGAUAUACUCUUCUAAGUAUGCUCCAACACGCCAGGAUCAGGUCCUGGAAAUUCCAUUCGCGUUGUCCAAAUUCUUUUCUGUUUCCUUUGUAAAUAACGCUGCAAUUCUCGUUCACAGUAUUUCCAAAUAAAGACGUUAUAUUUCGGCGUAGAAAAAUCAAUAAAUCGCUGUCUCAAGAGUUGAAAAAAUAAUGAGAAAGAGUUUGAUGGAAAAUAAUAAAUAAAUGUUAGAGUAUUUAAUGGUAA